CAGAUCGCAUCACAGCCGAUCACAUGUAUCUCACAAAACACAGAUGACUACUUUCGCUUCCUCUCCUCGCAUUGCUCACUCCGUUUUGCGUCUCCUCCUUCGCCCCCCAAUCCGCUACCAUGGCCUAAGCGGCAGCAUUUUAAGAUUUGGGUCCGUUUCUAAUGUCGAAAGAAAAGAUGAAAUCAAUGAGGUAAAACCGAGAUCGGUAACAGUCCAUGCAGCAUACCAGUUUCUUCAAGCUGGACAUCACUAUUUGGAUGUCAGGACUUCUGAUGAGUUCAGAGCUGGACAUCCUUCUGGGGCUAUUAACGUUCCCUACAUGUUUAGAACUGAAGCAGGGAGAACAAAGAAUGCUAAAUUUUUGGAGGAAGUAUCAUCGCGUUUUGAGAAAGACAACAAGAUCCUCAUAGGAUGCCAGAGUGGAAAGAGGUCACUAAUGGCUGCUGCUGAUCUUCAGUCUGCUGGGUAUACCGAUGUCAUUGAUGUUGCUGGUGGCUAUUCUGCAUGGAAGGAAAAUGGGCUUCCUAGUACAAUGUAAAUAAGGGAUGGCAUAUUCCAGCAAUUAUCUAAUUCUGAUAUUAUCUUCGGGACCCAAUAAUAGAGUAAUACAAGAAUUGAGAUAGGAAUGUAAACUGUGCUGGGAUUGAGAUUGUUAUGUAUUCUAAGAUUUUGGCAUAAGAUGAUGUAAUGGGUUAGAUUACCCCUUACACUUCUUUUAUUAUUAUAUAUAAUAACUAUUUUAUUGGCUG